AUGACGGACCCAGACCUCAACAAUAAGCUCGAUAGACUACUCACUCUAUUGGAAGCUCAGCUAGAGCUUACUAGGCAGGGUCAUCGAGAGGAACGACUACAACGAGCUCAGCUGGGUAGGGAGGAGACAAUGGACCUCUCUCACUCGGAAGACCAAGCAGGAGGAGGAGAUGAGUCUAUGAUAGGAGACCCACAUACUCCUACUCCGGCUCCACGACCAAGACGAUCAGUCUCAUUCAACCUGGAUGAGCAGGAGGACAUCAACUACGAGAAGUAUGCUUCACCUACUGGGCCAAGAUAUGUCAAGACUAAGCUGGACCCCUACAGCAGGACUAGGACGGAUCCUUACCCCCUGGACCACGAGGAGGAUACCAGCAUCAUGGCAGAGAUUAACCGGUCAAAGCCCAUUGCCACCCCCUUUCCAAAGUUCAAUCCCCGAGACAUGGAGAUCUUCAUUCUAGAAGCCGAAGCAUGGUUUAAGUUCAACCAGGUGUAUGAGCAGUCUAGGAUGAUCAAUCACAUGGGUGCUCAACUGGAAGGGACAGCAAGAGAGUGGUGGACCUCCAAGCUCCGUAUUGAUAGAGCUAGAGAAGGAAGGUUGUUCAAUGAUUGGCACUACUUCACAGAGCGACUGUCAGAGCAGUUCAACCCACGCAAUGCUAGGAUGGAGGCAUACAACAAGCUGUUGGCUCUCAGACUCACAAGUGAUGCUCCUGGUGCCGACACACGUCAUGUAGAGCGGUUCAGAGACUUGGAAGGACAGGUCAACCUAGAUGACAAUGAGCUAGUGAUUGAUCUCUUCAGAGGUAGUCUCACUCGUAGCAUACAGGAGAAGUUCGAGAGGAAUCCACCUGGGAAGAGAUGGGAGUGGUAUCGAGAGGUCGAGGAGAUCGAUCGACAGAGGAUGCUACUACAGCAGGUAAACCCUCUUAGCUCUCGACCCAUGGGACCAAAGGUUAUGGUCACCACAGCAGACCCCUUCGAGGAGGCCACCGACUCAGGAGAUGGCCCCACAGGCAGCACUGAGACGGGUGACCCCGAGGCCAUGGACCUCAGCUCAUACCAGCAACCCAUGGACCUCGAUCACGAGGAGGAGCACGAUGAUGAUGAUGACGAGGGAAACGUCAGAAAAGCAGUACUGGAGCUCUCUGGAAUGGUUCAAGACCAUCCUGCUCGGAUACUAGCUGAUACCGGUGCUGGUUUGUCCAUAGUCUCAGAUUCUUUCAUUAGUAAGUACCAAAUACCCACAAAACCCAUAAAAACAAGAUCGAUCCAUGGUGUCACCGGGCACCAACUCUCCAUCAAUAGUUCUGCGAGCAUGCAGGUAUCUAUUGGUACACACAAUCUGGGUGUGGUCGAAGCUUCAGUGGCCGACACUGCAGACUAUGACCUCAUCCUGGGGUUCACUGAGCUACGGAGGCUCAAACCCACCAUACAAUGGGAUACGGGCCAGCUGGAGUUCAAGACUCAGGAGCAGGACCGACCCCCUAGGAGACCCCCUGAAGCAGCAAGAGCAGGGGACCUAACCAUGAGGAGACCAACCCUUCAUGGUAACGAGUUCGUCUCAGCAGAGCGCAUACUACGAGCAGCUCUGGAAGAUGGACCCAUAGGGUUCAUGCUGUUAGAGGAGCCACCAUCAUCACUCCCAGCCUUUGGUUUUGUACCUACAGGCGCAGACAAAGGAGUCGAGAUGGAGGUGGAGGUAGAUAAGGUGGUGACGGCUGCAGACAUACCAAAGCCAUACCAACACCUGCGAGAUGUGUUUGAUGAGGUGGAAGCAGACAAGCUGCCCCAUCAUACCGAGCAUGAUCUCCACCUCGAGUUGAUAGAAGGAGGUAAGCCACCUCAAGGGCCCCUAUACCUUAAGGGACCCAAGGAGAUGUCCGAGUUGAGGAGAUACUUGGAUGAGAACCUUGAGAAGGGGUUCAUAAGACCAUCGAAGAGCCCGGCACGAUCACCAGUGCUCUUCGUACCAAAGAAGGAUGGAGGUCUCAGACUCUGUGUGGACUACAGAGGUCUCAACGAGAUCACUGUCAAGAACAGGGCACCAUUGCCCCUCAUCGAGGAGCAGCUGUUCUUACUCAGGAAGGCAAGGAUCUAUACCAAGCUAGACCUUAGAGCAGCAUACAACCUCAUCCGGAUUGCUAAAGGAGAUGAAUGGAAGACAGCUUUUGGCACUCAGUUGGGACUCUAUGAGUACCUAGUGAUGCCCUUUGGCCUAGCCAAUGCUCCGGCUCACUUCCAGUCAUUCAUCAAUGACAUCUUCCGAGACAUCAUUGGAGUAUAUGUAGUGGUAUACUUAGAUGACUUCCUGAUCUUCAGUGACACUGAAGAGGUACAUGUGAAGCAUGUCACCGAGGUCCUCACUCGCUUAAGGAGCAACAGGCUCUUUGCUAAGCUGUCGAAGUGUGAGUUCCACACCAAGACAGUCGAGUUCCUGGGGUACAUCAUCAAGCCAACGGGCAUAGAGAUGGACCCAGAAAAGGUGCGCACUGUCAAGGAGUGGCCAAUGCCAGAGUCAAUCCAUGACAUCCAGAGGUUCCUGGGUUUUGCCAACUUCUAUCGAAGGUUCAUAGCCCACUUUGCUCGCAUAGCCAAGCCCUUGACAGCACUGGUAAAGCCUAUAGAACGGUUCAAGAAGCUCGAGCUACCAGAGGAGGCCCAACAGGCCUUCCACAAGCUCAUCCAGGCCUUCACAUCAGCAGGAGUGCUUCAGCACUUCGACUACCACCUUCCAACAAGGUUGGAGACUGAUGCAAGUGACUUUGCUAUAGCAGGAGUGCUCAAGCAGGAGCAUGAAGGACGAUGGCAUCCAGUGGCCUUCUACUCUAGGAAGAUGUCUUCUGCCGAGAAGAACUAUGAGAUCCAUGAUAAGGAGCUCCUAGCUGUGGUCGCCUGCCUCACUCAGUGGCGACACAUGCUAGCUGGACUACCGAACCAACUGGUCAUCCUCACUGACCAUGAAGCCCUCAAGUACUUCAAGUCACAGAGACGCAUCACAGGACGACAAGCUCGAUGGGCAAUACUACUAGCAGACUUCGACUUCAUAUUGCAGUAUCGACCAGGAGACAAAGGUGGUGAGCCUGAUGCUCUCACCAGAAGGACAGACAUGCAACCAGCCGGUGAAGAGCAGGAUCACAAUGUAAGGCAACUACUGCCUCCUCGAGUGUUCAAGGAGACAGCAGACCAUGACUCGCUCCUAGUGGCCCCCAUGAUCUCGAUGGAGUCCAUAGCAUCAAAAGGUCUCAAAGACCUGGUCAAGAUCUUCCAGCCUUUAGACCAAGAGCUACAGGAGAUACAUAGGAAGAAGCCUUUCGAACUCAAGGAUGACCUAUGGUACAGUGGAGGAAGGUUGGUUAUCCCCAAGGUGAUCAUGCCAGGGAGGACCAACAACCGACACUCAAGGAGUGCCAAAGAGGUAGAUGGACAGUCUCUCUCUGUAGAGCAUCUGCGAUUCAUGGUGAUGACCCAAUGUCAUGAUGGUAUCACUGCUGGACACGUAGGAAGAGAUGCUACCAUCAAGGCAGCUCAACGACAUUACUGGUGGCCAAACAUGACAGCUUGGAUUGCAGACUAUGUAGCAAGUUGUCCUGUAUGUGCUAGGUACAAAGCUCCUCGUCAUCGUCCAUAUGGUUUGCUACAGCCACUAGCAACCCCAGACAGGCCCUGGGGCUCCAUAUCCCUCGACUUCAUUGAAGGACUACCACCAUCAAAGAAGUAUGACUCCAAGACCUAUGACUCUAUCCUAGUCAUCGUCGACAGGUUAACCAAGUUUGCCAUACUAGCUCCAACCCAUAAGACAGUCACGGCCAAACAGACUGCAGUAUUGCUAUAUGGACACAUGGUUAGACUCUUCGGAUAUCCAGAUCACAUGGUCUCGGACCGAGGCAGGCAGUUCAUAUCAGGAGCAUGGAAGGCAUUUGCAGAGCAAAUGGGUGUGAAGCACUCACUUAGCACGGCCUACCAUCCUCAAACUGAUGGUCAGACAGAGAGAGUCAAUCAGGUCAUAGAGCAAUAUCUCAGGAUGUACUGCAACUAUGAGCAGAAUGACUGGGCCAACCUGCUGGACACUGCGGCCUUUGUAUAUAACAACACGGUCCACAACAGCAUUGGUGUCUCACCAUUCUUUGCAUGCUAUGGAUGGAACCCCAAAGCUCAUCCUGACAUCCCUCAACGACUAGGAGUCAAUGAUCCAGGUCGCUUCGAGUACCUCAUGGAUGGAAAGGAGCGUUGCAAGAAGCACAAGGACAUCGAGUUUAAGGUGGGUGAUAUGGUCUAUAUCAACCGACGAAACUGGAAGACAAGGAGACCCACACCCAAGUUAGACACCCGGUUCGCAGGACCCUACCCAGUUCAGGAACGGGUAGGACGCCGAGCUUAUCGAAUCACAUUGCCAGCAAACCUUAGGGUGCAUGAUGUGUUCCAUGUCUCCAUGCUCGAGCCAGCAAGAACAAGUUCUCUUCCUCAACGUGCUGAACAGCCCACCAUACCAUCACUUCCAGAUGAGGACCUCGAUUUCGAAGUCGAAGCACUCAUCGACAAGCGUUCACACAAUGGGACUACGGAGUACAAGGUGUUGUGGAGAGGGUACUCAGAGGAAGCUGCUUCAUGGGAACCAGUAGAGAACCUCAACUGUCCCGACCUCAUCCAGGAGUAUGAGGUGUCGGAGGGGGGACGAGUGAGUAGACAGAGUGGAGAGAGGAGGAGAGAACAGGAGGAGUCAGCAUGA